CACAGAAAAUGCCACUUGAGCCCCAGCAUAGCGAGAGCCACAGAGCCCAGCAGUUGCAAAGCCACACCACUCCUUGGUCCACCAUGGAGUAUCUCUCAGCCCUGAAGCCCUCCGCUGGAGGCCUGCUCAGGUCCGUAUCCAGCAUGAGCUCGGAGCUUGGCCGGCGGGUGUGGACCUCAGCGCCCUCACCACGGCCUUUCCGUGUCUGUGACCACAAGCGUUCCUUGCGGAAGGGGCUGACAGCUGCCACCCGGCAGGAACUGCUUGAUAAGGCCCUAGAGACCCUGUUGCUGAGUGGAACGCUGUCACUGGUGCUGGAGGAAGAUGGAACGGCUGUGGAGAGCGAGGACUUCUUCCAGCUCCUAGAGGAUGACACGUGCCUGAUGGUGUUGGAGUCAGGCCAGAGCUGGAGCCCCCUCAGGGGUGGGGUGCUGUCCUAUGGCCUGGGCCGGGAAAAGCCAAAGAACAGCAAGGACAUCGCGCGCAUCACCUUUGACGUGUACAAGCAAAACCCUCGCGACCUCUUCGGCAGCCUCAACAUCAAAGCCACCUUCUAUGGGCUCUACACCAUGAGUUGCGACUUCCAAGGCCUUGGCCCCAAAAAAGUCCUCAGGGAGCUCCUUCGCUGGACAUCCUCGCUGCUGCAAGGCCUGGGCCACGUGUUGCUGGGAAUCUCCUCCGCCCUUCGUCAGUUGGUGGAGGGGGCCGAGCAAUGGCCGCGGCAGUGGCACAGUCGCCUCCAUUCCUGAGAAGCGACUUGGGUGUCUGCCUCCAGGCUCAUUCCCAGGAUGGCACUGUGAGGACUGUGAGAGUGGCAGGUUUUGCCACCUGCAGGAAAGAAAACUCACCUAAUGUCCCACCGUCCUCUGACCCAGCAGUGAGAAAAUCUGCUAACAUAAUACCUCACGCCCAGCCCUGUAUGCCUUUUGCCAAAAAGAUGUAGUCCCGGCCUAGCCACGUUUCCAGCCUCCCACUGUCCUGCAAGGCUACAGGACUGUCCCCGGCAUCUGACCCCAUCUCAAUGGCUGCCACAUCUAGCUCCUCUCCAACUCCUCUUGCUCUAAGCUCUCCAGGAGGCUGGUCACAGCCCUUUCUGACUUCACCUUCAGGUUUUCACUUUGC